CUGCAUCGGCCUUCAGCUAGAACUAAGUACAUUGCUUAGGUUUAGCGCCGUCCAUCGCGACCAGUGCACGUUCGCUUACUCUUAAUAAGCUCCGUUAAUUUAACUCUAACAUUGAUCAUGUGUGAUUUCAAUUGAAACUCGUUAGUAAUUACAUAACCCAGGAUUCGAUUAAAAACUCAUUUACAUAUACAAAUUUAUAACAGUUGUUGCAUAGAUAAACAUGUGAUACGCGUCCAGUGUGAUAUUCAAUAAGUCUAUAUUUAAACGGAAGCAUGGAGUACGUCUGCGGUGUGCUUAUGGUGUUGGUGCUGCUGGGAGCCGGCCGCGCGAGUCAGCUGGUCACAGUGGUGCAGUCGCAAUUGGCUUACAAUGAAGUGCACCAGCUGCUCCUCAACAACACCGUGGAGUACAUAUUGGAGUUCACGCCGCCGGCCGACGGCGUCGAGUCGUACGACACCAUGCCCAGCCUGCUGUGGAUGCACAGCGACGGUGGCGACGUCGCACACCCCGUGCUCGUGACGGCGCGCCAGCGAGCCGGCGCGGUGACGUGGCAGCUGCCGUACGAGCUGGAGCAGCGCCUGCAGUUCGAGCUGGAGCGCACGCUGUGCCCCGGCGACUCCGCCGCGCCGCCCGCCGCUCCGGACCUCUGCGAGGGCGCGGAGGCGCGCGGCGCGUUCUCGCUGCACGUGUCGACGGCGUGCGCGGCGCCGCUGCGCGUGCGGCUGCGUGCGUCGCGGCCGGCCGCGUGGCGCCUGCCCUUCGCGCGCGCCCUCAGCCUGCACGCCACCGAGGUCGCGCCACCGGGCGGGAAGGGCUCCGACAACCCACCCGCAUCGCUGUAUACUAUAAGACACCCUGUCACGGCGCCGCGCGUGGCGUACUACGCCUUCGCGGACGCCCAGCGGAGCGUGCGGCUGCAGGUGUCGUCGCAGAGCGGCGCGUGCGCGCUGCUGUCCGUGCAGAACUACUCGUGCCCCAUCGCGCAGACGCUGGCGGACGUGGCCACGGUCGGCCAGCGCCUCACCAUGAUCUACUCCGGCGCCGUGCAGGUCAUGCGCAGCGAGUACCCGCGCGGCUUCUUCGUGGUGACGCUGGUGUACCCCUCGGACGAGGCGUGCCGCGAGCGCGCGGACGACGACGCCUGGCUGUGGGGCGACGCCAUGCUGCGCCAGCCGCCGCGUGCCGCCGACCCGCGCGCGCCGCGCAAGGACUUCGCCGUCGCCGUGGGGGCGGCGCUGAGCCGCGAGCAGUACGUGGCGGCGGGCGCGGCCACGCUGGCGCUGUUCCUGGCCUUCUACGUGCUGUUCGGCGCGCUGGUGCUGGCGCAGCGCUGGCCGGCCUUCGCGCGCCUCGUGCGCCCGCGCGCCGUGCUGGCGCCGCGCGCCGUAGAGGAACAAGCGAUGGACGCAGCGCCUGCGCGCCGCCGCCGUGGCUCGACCGACACCUACGACAGCUGCGACGACAGCAACUCCGAUGACGAGGAAUCGGCCGCACCCGGCGCGCAGCCCGCGGCCUCGCCCGCGCCGCCCGCGGCCGAGCCGGGCGAGCGCACGCAGCAGAACGACUCGCAGGGCCCGUUCGGGCUGCCCGCGGCGCCGCGGCUGGCGGAGCUGGCGCGCCGCUCGACGCGCACGCUGCGCGCGCGCUCCGACCGCUACCUGCACACGCUGUACACCGUGGCCGUGUUCUACGCGCUGCCCGUCGUGCAGUUCGUCAUCGCCUUCCAGAUCUUCCUGAACGUGUCGGGCUCGCUGGACUACUGCUACUACAACUUCCUGUGCGCGCACCGCGCGGGCGCGCUCAGCGACUUCAACCACGUGCUGUCCAACCUGGGCUACCUGCUGCUGGGCGCGCUGUUCCUGCUGCAGGUGCGGCGCCGCCGCGUGCGCCGCAAGCGCGAGCCGCGCCACCCGGACUACGGCAUCCCGGCGCACUACGGCCUGCUGUCGGCGCUGGGCGCCGGCAUGAUGGUGGUGGCCGUGCUGUCCGCCAGCUACCACGUGUGCCCCAACCGGCUCAACUUCCAGUUCGACACGGCGUUCAUGUACGUGCUGGCGGUGCUGAUCAUGGUGAAGAUCUACCAGUCGCGGCACCCUGACAUCAACGCGCGGGCGCACGCCACUUUCGGGGUGCUCGCGGUGCUGAUCGCAACCGUGGUGUGGGGCGUGCUGGGCGGCGGGCGCGUGUUCUGGGGCGUGUUCACGGCGGCGCACGUGUUCACCGUCCUGCUGCUGUCGCUGCACAUCUACUACUUCGGCCAGUUCCGCCUCGAGAAGGAGAGCCUGGCGCUGGCGGCUAGCGAGCUGCGCAAGGGCGCGCGGCCCGCCUACCGCGCGCGCCUGCUCAUGCUCAUCGUGGGCAACGUGCUGAACUGGCUGCUGGCGGCAUACGGGCUUCUGCGGCAGGGCGGCGACUUCGCGGGACACAUGCUGCUGCUGCUGCUGGGCAACGCGCUGCUGCACAUGCUGUUCUACCUGGGCAUGAAGCUGGCGCACGGCGAGCGCCUGCGCUGGUACGCCUGGGCGCUGCUGGGCGGCGCGGCCGCGGCCUGGGCGCCCGCGCUCUACUUCUUCGUGGCGGGCUCCUCCGACUGGUCCACCACGCCCGCGCUGUCGCGGCACCGCAACCACGACUGCAAGGUGAUGCAGUUCUACGACAACCACGACCUGUGGCACAUGCUGUCGGCCGUGGCGCUGUACCUGUCCUUCAGCGCGCUGCUCACGUGGGACGACGGGCUGUCCGCCGUCAAGCGCACCGACAUUCCCGUGUUCUGACCGCUCGCUCGCCAGGUGGCGCGGGCUCUCCUGCCUCCUUACUCUUAAGCAAUAAAACUAUUUUG